AGCUGGCUUGCACACGCACACAAAAUUUCUGUUUGAAAAUUUGCCAAAUUCGAAAAGAAAUUCGACAACUCUCAUGUACUACUAGAGGGAAGUGGUGAAUUUGUGCCCAAGAUAUCUUGACCAGUAGCCAGUGGGGAGUAAACUUCAGUUUUUGACGGGCCCGUUGGACGAGGCAUUGCGGCCCGCCGCACGAGAAAUGGCGGGAAAACGAGGCCGACGGAGGGAAAACACUCCCAUUCCCCAGGGCCGAGCGGAGUCCCUCGAAACCAGCGAGGUAGUGGCUGCCUCGCUCGCCGUCGCCGAGAAUCCGAGUUCCGAGAUCUCACCUCACUAGAACGGAAAGGAAACGCUCCGCGGCGGUCGGCGAAGGCCUCCGACUCCGACUCCGAUGGCGGGGUGCGACGCCUCGGCCUCCGCUCCCUCCGUCGCGGGCCCCGCCGGCGCGUCCGCCGCCCUUGGCCUUGGGGCAGCUCCGGCGAGAGGAAGCGCAAGGGCCCGGCGGCAGCCGCCGCGCCGAAGAAGAAGGUUCGGAAGCCUCCCAAGGUGGAAGUUCUCUCUUUCUCACGUCUGCUGCUGUCUCCCAGGUCACCAGGAUUACAGGACAAAUCAAGCUUAUGUGUACUACGGACUACGAGGAGAUGAUCCUCUAUACAGUGACUUGGGAGGUUGCGAUCACGUCAUCGGCGAGCUCUCGCAGACACGGUCAAUGUCACUUGUGGAUCUGCAGUGCUGGAUUAUCAAGUUGUUUGGGCUCAAUUCAGAAACACAAGAUCUUGUAAUUAAGGGGUUCUUCAUAGAAGAUUGCCCCCUUGUCCCUGAUCCGUCGCAGAUUGAUCUGUACUGGGACUGCCACUAUUUGAUGACUGAUGCUAAAUGGGCUUAUUAUGUCAAGAAAGUGAAGAGAAGAAAUGAUGGGAUGCCAGUGUUCGUACUGUAUGUGAAUUGCUCUGAAAUCAAGCACCACAAAAGUUUGUUCAAAGCCGGUUAUGCUUAUGAUGCUCACUCUCAAGUGGCAACGGGCGCCAGCCCUCCACACACUCUUACGCAGGUAUUUCGUGAGGAAGAAUAUGCCCACCGCAUUUCAUACAACCUGAGGGAAAACCUGACAAUGACAACUUCAGAAAUUGUAGCAUACCUUGCUGAAAGAUAUGGUUAUCAGAUUAGUCGUGCUGAUGCAUGGAGGGUAAAGCAGAAGACAUUGGAGUUGCAAUUUGGUACCUUUUAUGAUUCAUACAACUAUGCACCAAGGUUACUCCAGAAAAUGAAAGGAUACAGAGGUAACAGCCAUCAUUUUGUCGACAUCAAGGAAACAGAGGUUAUAGGCUGUAAGGAUUUCCGAGUCCUCCACCGUAUAUUUUGGGCUUUUGCACAAAGUAUAGAGGGCUUUGUAUCAUGUCGCCCCGUGCUUUGCGUUAAGGGCCUGCUACUAUGCGGGAAAUAUCAAGGGGUGCUGUUGACUGCUCUUGCAUUAGAUGCUAAUGACAACUACAUUCCAGUAGCAUUUGCUAUUGUUGAGAGUGAGAGCAAGGAAUGCUGGGUGUGGUUUCUUAGAAAUUUGAAACAAGCAGUUGUGAAGGAGCGAUCUGGUGUCUGCAUUAUACAUGACUACAAAAGGGAGUUGCUGGAUGCUAUAGAGGACCUCCAGUGUAAUCAGCAGCAACCACACCCAUGGAGAGACAUGAGAAGCCGGUGGUGCAUGCAUCACCUUGCUGAAACUUUCUUGGCACAUUUUGGGGACAAGAAGCUGAUGGUGCUAUUCAAGAGACUUUGCCAGCAAAACCGAGUAAGUUUAUCAAAAUCUGGAAGGAGCUGGAUGAGCUGACAUUAAAAUACAUGGCCGAGAAAGAAGGUGGUGCUAGGGUAGAAAUGCAGCAGCAGUCAAUAGAGCAUGAUGACUGAUGAGGCAGUGGUUGAGGCACUGAGCCUAUGCAAUAAUCUCAAAUCUGUGGAGAACAAGGUUAUUGAAAAUGGUUCCGAUGACAGCAACAGAAGCUUAUAUUUUCUGAAUGGAUUCGUCCAAAAUCAAUGGAGAAGUGGUCACUGUUGCAUGACAAUAUGGGGGCUAGGUAUAGUGUCAUGGGCAUUGAUACAGCAGAUCUAAAUAAUAACCAUGUAUUGAAGGGGAUAAAGUGCCUUCCACUUGUAGGAAUGGUAGAUAUGACACUCCGGCGGAUGGGGGAGUGCUUCAACAAUAGAAGUGCUGCAGCAAAGAAAGCAUUGGGCAAUCCUUCAAUGAAAUUCCCUGAGCAUGUCCAGGAUGACAUGAAUGCCAAAAUGCAAAAAUCCCAGGUGCAUCAAGUGAUCCACAUGAACACCAAGGAUAGGAAUCAUUUCUUAGGGGACAUGGAUAAAAUGUUUAAGGUUCAGCUUAGGCACAAGUAUGUUAAUGUUCAACUAAAAUCAGUCUACAUUCGUAGCAUUAAAAAGUCUCAAAAGUGCACAAUUAGGAAAAUUGCCACAUGUUCUUGCAACAAGCCGCAGCUGCAUCACAAGCCAUGCUCUCAUGUUCUCGCUGUUUGCCGUCAGAUUGGAGUUAGCACUGAUACAUACAUGUCCCCAUAUUACAGUCUGACCUAUCUGGCUAGAACCUGGAAUGGAAGGUUUGAUGACUCUGGAACCUUUAGAGAUUGCAGUUGGUACGAAAAUUUAGUGUUCUGGAAGACACCAACUUGGAUCCCUGACAAAAAACUGGAGUACAGUCUUCCUUCUGACUGCAUACAAAUUGGAAUGGAUAAUGAAGAACAGCAGUGCAUCACCAAAAGUAGAUCAACUCCAGAUGAUCAGGGUACAGGAUAUCGCUUAGAUUAGAUGCACUUAGUCGAGCUUGAUUUUCUAUUAUCAUCAGCAGACCUAAUGUCGUCCUGUAUCCUGAUUCCUGAAUAUGCAUGAUCAUCUGAGCUUCAGAUGUCCUAUGCAAACUUGAAUUUCUGUUAUUAAGUAGACCAUGCUUCAACGCUAUUCUGAAUACUGAAUUUCAUAGAUCUAAAGGCAAACUUGAAUAA